AUGCCCGAGCAGAGCAAUGAUUACAGGGUGGUGGUGUUCGGGGCAGCGGGGGUCGGCAAAAGCUCCCUGGUCCUGCGCUUUGUAAGGGGCACUUUCAGGGAAACCUAUAUCCCCACCAUCGAGGACACGUACCGGCAGGUGAUCAGCUGUGACAAGAGCAUCUGCACCCUGCAGAUCACGGACACCACGGGCAGCCAUCAGUUCCCUGCCAUGCAGCGGCUCUCCAUCUCCAAAGGGCAUGCCUUCAUCUUGGUGUACUCCGUCACCAGCAGGCAAUCCAUGGAAGAUCUUCACCCCAUCUUCGAUGAGAUCUGCCAGAUCAAAGGCGACAUCCAGAAAAUCCCGAUAAUGUUGGUGGGGAACAAAAGUGACGACACGCAGAGGGAGCUGGAUGCCAGCGAGGGGCAAGCGCUGGCCAGCAAGUGGAAGUGUGCCUUCAUGGAGACGUCAGCCAAAAUGAACUACAACGUGCAGGAGCUCUUCCAGGAGCUCUUGAAUCUGGAGCAGAGGAGAACUAUCAGUCUCCAGGUGGAUGGAAAGAAAUCCAAACAGCAGAAAAAGAAAGAUAAACUGCAAGGCAAAUGCUCUGUUAUGUGA